GUAAAUUGCUGGAUACCUAUAAAUUUGCUGCGUUACAAAAAAUGGAUGAUCCAUCAGAGAUCUGCCUGUCUGAGGAGAUGUCAACUUCCACCAUUCCUCACCAAAAAUACGCCAUGAUCUGCUCUCAGCUACUUAACUUGGUGUCACCAACCUGCAGUGUGCCAAAGGAUGGGUUUGUCGUUCGUUGCCAGCUUGAUAUGCAGGACUGCAGUGAGCCUGGACAAAACAAUUGCACUUGCUCUACAUUGUCAGAGUAUUCAAGGCAAUGUGCCAUGUCCCAUCAAAUGGUGCUUAACUGGAGAACUGAAAACUUCUGCUCUGUGGGAAAAUGUUCUGCUAACCAAAUCUAUGAGGAAUGUGGUUCUCCAUGCAUUAAAACCUGUUCCAAUCCAGAGUACAGCUGUUCCAGUCAUUGUACCUAUGGUUGCUUUUGUCCAGAAGGAACUGUUCUUGAUGACAUCUCAAAGAAUCGAACAUGUGUUCACAUUAAGCAGUGUCCAUGUACACUGAAUGGGAAAAUAUAUGCUUCUGGUGAGACGAUGAAAGCUGCAUGUAGGACCUGUAAAUGUACGAUGGGUCAAUGGAACUGUAAAGACUUGCCCUGCCCUGGAAGGUGUUCACUGGAAGGAGGCUCCUUUGUUACCACGUUUGAUGCUAGAUCAUACAGGUUCCAUGGAGUUUGCACUUAUGUUCUUAUGAAGAGUUCCAGCCUGCCACACAAUGGGACCCUAAUGGCUGUAUAUGAAAAGUCUGGUUAUUCUCAUUCUGAGACUUCACUUAGUGCUAUAAUUUACCUUUCUACAAAGGACAAAAUUGUGAUUUCUCGGAAUGAACUCCUUACUGAUGAUGAUGAACUUAAGCGACUGCCUUACAGAUCAGGAGACAUCACUAUUUUCAGACAGUCCUCGAUGUACAUUCAAAUGUAUACAAACUUCGGGCUGGAACUUGUAGUUCAAACAUCACCUGUGUUCCAGGCUUAUGUGAAAGUUGGAUCACAAUUCAAAAGCAGAACCCUAGGUUUGUGUGGCAAUUACAAUGGAGACACUACAGAUGACUUCAUGACUAGCAUGGAUAUCACUGAAGGAACAGCCUCCCUGUUUGUAGAUUCCUGGAGGGCAGGAAAUUGCCAUCCUGCUUUAGAGAGAGAUACUGACCCUUGUGCUUUGAGUCAACUGAACAAAAUAUCUGCAGAGACCCAUUGCUCCAUUCUUACAAAGAAGGGUACAGUGUUCGAGAAAUGCCAUGCUGUGGUGAACCCUAUUCCUUUCUACAAGAGGUGCGUCUACCAAGCCUGUAAUUACGAAGAGACCUUUCCUUAUAUUUGUUCUGCUCUGGGAUCGUAUGCACGAACGUGCAGUUCAAUGGGUUUAAUCCUUGAGGGCUGGAGGAACAGUAUGGACAAUUGUACCAUUACUUGUACUGGCAAUCAAACAUUCAGUUACAACACUCAGGCAUGUGACAGGACAUGCUUGUCACUCUCCAACCGAGACCUGGAAUGUCAUUCAACUGACAUCCCUAUUGAAGGCUGCAAUUGUCCCAAAGGAAUGUACUUGAACCACAAGAAUGAGUGUGUUCGUAAAUCUCAUUGUCCCUGCUACUUAGAAGCUAGAAAGUACAUCCUGCCUGACCAGUCAACAAUAACCGGUGGGAUUACCUGCUACUGCGUUAAUGGGAGGCUAAGUUGUGCAGGCAAACCUCAAAAUCCUGCAGAAAGUUGCAAAGCUCCUAAGAAAUAUGUAUCAUGUUCUGACAGUUCGGAAAACAAGUAUGGAGCUGCAUGUGCCCCUACCUGUCAGAUGCUGGCUGCUGGAAUUGAAUGUAUACCUACUAAAUGUGAAUCGGGCUGUGUCUGUGCUGAUGGACUAUAUGAAAAUCUCGAUGGCAAGUGUGUUCCAGCUGAGGAGUGUCCAUGUGAAUACGGUGGUCUUGCGUAUGGAAAAGGUGAACAGAUCCAAACUGAAUGCGAGAUCUG